UGUUUUUAAAACGUAAGGAGUAGAAGUAAAAAGUCGUCUGAAAAAUAAAUACUCCAGUAAAGUAUAGAUACCCCAAAUUUCGACUUAAGUACAGUCACGAAGUAUUUGUACUUCCUGGAGGUUUUAACCUGCGAUGGAAGACAGAGAGGCAGCUGCACGCGUCAAAGAUGAUUCACUGACAGAUGAACCUCAGACCAGAGAAGACUUCAUGAAAUAUUACUGCCACCUGACCCUGGACCCAAACACAGCCCACAGAGAGAUGGUCCUGUCUGAGGGGAACAGAAAGGUGGAGCUCACGGACGUGGUCCAGGACUACCCCGAACACCCGGACAGGUUCUCUCACCUCUACCAGGUGCUGAGUGAAGCGGGUCUGUCCGGACGCUGCUACUGGGAGGUGCAGUUCGACGGCCCUGUUGAGAUAGCGGUGGCGUACAGAGAUCUAGGCAGGUCGGACUAUUACGCCGAGUGUGCGUUCGGCUGCAACGAUAAAUCCUGGAGUUUGGACAUGAACCGAAACGGCGAGUGUUUCAGACACGGGGACGAGGAGGCGGCGGUGGUGCCGCAGCCUCGGUCCUCCAGAGUCGGCGUGUACCUCGAUCACACGGCAGGUCGUCUGACCUACUACUGCGUGUGCGACACGGCGCUGCAGCUGCUGCACAGAGAGCAAACCGCUUUCACCGGGCCGCUCUACGCCGGGCUGUGGGUCAUCGGCUCGGCCCGCCUGUGUGACCCGGAGUGAAGAGGCGUGGUCAAAAAGCGUCACUCGAUCUGGGGGGUUCCUUUCCGCUGGAUAACAACGCCAUGCACCCCCUGUGUGGUGGAAAUAGUUCAGCUAGCUGGUGACCUUUUAGUCGCUGGCAGCAGGACUCGUAGCUCGUAGCUUUGAACAAACAAACCGGAGAGUGAUACUCAUCAUCCAACUCCCGAAAAAUAAGUAAAUAAGGGCAUUUCCCCCAAAAAAACAUUGCUUUUACACAAUUGCAGAUAUACAGUAUGUUGUGAUGAUUAAAAAGAAUUACAUGAAAAGGCAAACGGGACACAGACAAUAGUUACUAAUGGAGUUUAAUACAACAGAAUUCAAUUCAGAUCUUCUGUGCAAAGUAUCUGAAGAGAAACAUCCCUUCAUCAUUUUUUUGGCACUUAUUUUCCAAGUAACAGAUGUAGUGUAGUUAUGUAGAUUACUUACGACUGAGGGCCCCUCAAACAACUACAAAUGUGAAAAGUCCUAGAACAAUAAAUUGUAAAUUACC